UGACUUCCUGGUAAAUUCAUAACGAACUUUCUUUUUUUACAGUAAAUCUCCAUUUUGUGUAAAUUUCACAUAUUUUCCAUUCAGCGUUCCGGUUUCACACCGUGACCUCUUUCCUUUUGAUCUCUGUGUGACUUUUCGGUGGCGCAUGUGAACAGGAGGAAGUUUUUAUGUUUUUCUUUCUUUCUUUUUUUGUGCGCUGCGCUGCGUUGCGUUGCGUGUCCGCCCCCUUCCCUCACUCUUCAUUUCCUCAUCCCUGCUGCUUUCACAUCAGGGCCAGAGGUUCGGCUGCGACCCGGAGCUUGACGCGUCAAGCCCAGCUCCGCCCCGUCGCGGCGCAGCGCCACGGACUGACGGACAGAUGCUGCAGGUGGAGCCAGAAUGAGUGCCGAUCCGCUACUGCAGGAGACGCUGAUCAAGCGUUCGCAGCAGAAGAAAAGGACGUCGCCGCUGAACUACAAGGAGCGAGUGUUUGUCCUCACCAAGACCAGGCUGACGUACUACGAAGGGAAACCAGAGAAGAAGUUCAAGAGGGGCUCUGUGGAGCUGAGCCGCAUCAAAUGUGUGGAAAUCGUGAAGAACGAAGGUGGGAUUAUCCCCUGCCAGAACAAAUACCCAUUCCAGGUUGUGUACGAUACCAACACGCUGUAUGUUUUCGCUCCCAGUCAGAAGAGCAGAACUCUGUGGGUCCUGAUGCUCAAACAUGAGAUCCAACACAACGCAGGCGUGCUGCCGAAGUUUCACCCCCAGUUCUGGCUGGAGGGCCUGUGGCUCUGCUGCCGCCAGGCAGGCAAACAGGCGCCGGGCUGCGAGGAGUACAACCUGUUAGGAGACAUUUCCAGAAAACCUUUGCCUCCGAUUCCUGAACAGGAAAACACGCGCCGGCGCCGGCCUCCUCCUGUCCCAGAGGACGAAGACGAGGAUGACGAGGAGGAGGAGGAGGGAGAGGAGGUGGUGGUGGUAGCCCUCUACGACUUCCCAGGGAUGGAGGCGCACGACCUGAAGCUGGUCCGCGGCAGAGAGUACGUCAUCCUGGAGAAAUGUGACGUCAACUGGUUCAGGGCGCGCAACGAGUACGGGGAGGAAGGCUACAUCCCGAGUAACUACGUGACAGAGAAAACAUCUGGGAACCUGGUGGAGUUUGCAUGGUACAGUAAAGGAGUAAACAGGAACAUGGCUGAGGAGCUGCUGAGGAAGGAGGACAAAGAAGGAGCCUUCGUUGUGAGAGACUCCAGCCAUCCGUCGACAUACACCGUCUCUCUUUACACCAAAGCAGGAUCCGGGGAAGGAGGUCCAACAAUUAAACAUUAUCACAUUAAAGAGACGCAAUGCACGCCCAAAAAGUUUUACCUGGCUGAGAAACACCAGUUCAACUCCAUCCCUGAACUCAUCGAGUACCACAGCCACAACGGAGCCGGUCUUGCAGCCAGGCUCAGAUAUCCUGUAGGAAAGCAGGACAAGUCAGGUCCGUCGACGGCGGGCUUCAGCUAUGAGAUGUGGGAGAUCAACCCGAGCGAGUUGACCUUCAUGAAGGAGCUGGGCAGCGGUCAGUACGGCCAAGUGAGGCUCGGCAUGUGGAGGUCACAGCACAAGGUGGCCAUCAAGGCCAUCAAGGAGGGCGCCAUGUUCGAGGAGGACUUCAUCGAAGAGGCCAAACUCAUGAUGAAGUUGUCCCAUCCCAAACUGGUGCAGCUGUAUGGCGUCUGCAGCCAGCAGAGGCCCAUCUACAUCGUCACAGAGUUCAUGCAGCAGGGCUGCCUGGUGAACUACCUGAGGCAGCGGCGCGGCAGCUUCAGCCUCGGGUCGCUGCUCGAUAUGUGCCUGGACGUCUGCGAGGGCAUGGAGUAUCUAGAGGCAAACAGCUUCAUCCACAGAGACCUGGCGGCCAGAAACUGCCUGAUGAACGAAGCUAUGGUGGUGAAGGUUUCUGACUUCGGCAUGGCCAGAUACGUCUUGGACAACCAGUACACCAGCACCAAAGGCGCCAAGUUUCCUGUGAAGUGGUCUCCGCCUGAGGUCUUUAACUAUUGCAAGUUCAGCAGCAAGUCGGACGUCUGGUCGUACGGUGUGCUGAUGUGGGAGGUUUUCACAGAGGGCCAAAUGCCGUUCGACCAAAGUCUCAAUCACCAAGUGGUUGCCAUGGUAACCAACGGCCACCGGCUGUUCCGGCCCAAGAUGGCCACGGCCGCCCUGUACGACAUCAUGCAGCUCUGUUGGAACAACAGACCUGAGGAUCGUCCAUCUUUCUCUCAGCUUUGCCUGAAGCUCUCAGACGUUUUGGAGGACGACGGUGUUUCUUCAUCCUGACCAUCCAGGCUCCUCCUCCUCCCUGCUGAAGACGCCCUGCUGUCGUAACCUUUCUAAAGGCUCUGUGGUUUAUAUAUUUAUAUUUUUAAACCACAAACAGAAGGACAGCAUUCUGCACAGUAACGCUGCUUAACGCGAUGAAACGUCGAGGAAUCGACCACAUCUGCUUAUCAGCUGCUGAACCCGAUUCAGGACGGCGAACGGGAACCGAGCGACGCUCAGUGACUCUGGAGGUUUAGUCCGGUGUCCCAACAUGCUGGGUGGAAAUAAAUAGUUGUCACUAAACUUCCUUCCUUCUACUUGUUGGAGUUCUUACUGAAAGUAAAGAAGCUCACAAGUCGAGGUGCGGUUUGACCGCAGCACAGACUGAUUUUUAUAUAAAACCAUCACUUAAGUGAAACCUAAAAAAACUAAUUUUUGCAUUUUUAACUAAAUGAAUUUUGUGGCCUGCCAGCAGUUUAAACUCUUCAGUUUUUGAUAUAAAAAAAGUUAGAACUUUUUAGACGUUUUUCUAAAGCGACAUAUUCUUGCUAAUCACACAUUGUUUCAACAUAUUGUGGUUUGUAACAUGUUUAUAACACAGUGUCAUAAACAAUAUAUUAACAAGAAGUUAUAAAGCAUCAAUAUGUUGCUUUACAUUGUUGCAUUAUAACACAUUUUUAACAUAGUUACAUUGUUUAUAACAGGUUAUACUGCAACAAUAUUGCUGUUAACAUUGUUUUACAGUAACAGUAUGUCGCUUGUUACAAUGUUGCUUUGUAAUGUGUUAUAACAUUGUAAUAACAUACUGUUUAGAACAAUAGAUUGUUGCUAUACAGCAGAAUAUCAACAAUGUUUUGUUACAAUAUGUAAAAAAACAAGUUUAACUUUUUAGACUUUUGUUAAAGUAACAUGUUGUUGCUAAUCACAAAUUGUUUCAGCAUAUUGUUUAUAACAUGGUUUUAAUGGCAUAACAGUUAUACUUUAUAACAACAACUUGUUAUAAACCAAAUAUGUAGCUGAUAACAUGUUAUUGUUCUCAACAAUAUGUAGUUAUAAAGCAACAUAAUGUUUUUAAGAGCCGUUUCCACAGUCAGUGAUGCUUUGGGCCUCCAUGUUCAUGCAAUAAUUCAUGCCUCAACCCAGUCCGGUUCCUUACUGUUCAACCCAGUCCGGUUCCUUACUGGUCAGUCCAGUCCGGUCCCUUACUGGUCUAUUUACACUGAAUGUAAAAUUAUGCUUUUAUUAUUUUUGGGCCAUAAAACCUCAAAACGAACAAAUAUAUUAUGGUACGAGUUUCUACUUUAUGAAAGUAUUUAACUGAAAUGAAUUAACUUUUUUAAACAGAUUCCCAAAGCAUUUCAGUGCGUUUAUCAUCGUUGCCAUGGUGACAGUGCCAGGUCGACCUCAGCGGUUAGACGUGGGUUAAAUCCAGACCGAUGAAACCAUCCGUUACCCAGACUGCAUAUAAAUACAAACUUUAUAUUUUCUGAGACCAGGUGUGUGUUGGGCCCAGACUGUUUGCUGGGCCGCAUUAUUAAUGACGUUCUGGUUACAGCGGUACCGGGGCGUGUGGUUCUCAACGGGCUGCACCAGAUCUACUACAUCAAGUUUGGUUGUUUAUGCUUCCUGCUGUCCUUUCAGAGUUUGAUUUUCUGUUUUGUUAGUCCGCCCAGGUUGGAUUGUUUGUCUUAGUGUUUGUGAGGGCGGGUUAACAGCCAUCCAGUUAUUUAGUUAUCCGUUUGUCUUUGGGUCACUUCCUGAAGACUCAGCCCAUGUCGCUGUUAAUCUUAAAUAUCUGAGACUCGAUCCUGUUUGGUGUGAUCUCCAGUUUGGAUUGCAUGUAAUCAUUUUGCAUCUUAGGUUUGCAGUGAGCAUUGCAGUGGUUUAUGUGGGUUUGUCCGCCUGAAGUGGUGUUUAAAUUCGGGUUGAACAUUAUCGGGUUGACAACGAAUGGAUAACGUUACCGGGAAACCUUCUUAUUUGUAUAACAAUAAAUAUUGUUAAUAAUUAA